AUGAGUCCCUCUCGCCUUCUCUUCCUCCUCGCCGCCGCCAACGCCGUGGCGCUCGUGCUGCUUCCGGCGGCCGGAGCCGAGGAAGACGAGUUCGGCUACAUCCCCGGCACGCCGAGGGGCCCGGAGAACUGGGGCAGCCUGAAGCCGGAGUGGGCCACCUGCGGCGGCGGCAGGAUGCAGUCGCCGAUCAACCUCCGCCUCCCCGACCUCACGCUGGCGCCGCGCCUCGGCUACCUCAACUACACCUACCACCAGAACUCCAACGCCUCCGUCGUCAACCGCGGCCACGACAUCCAGGUCAGGUUCGACGGCGACGCCGGCGGCCUGGUGAUCAACGGCACGGCGUACCGGCUGCGGCAGCUGCACUGGCACACGCCGUCGGAGCACGCCGUCGACGGCCGGAGGUACGACAUGGAGCUGCACAUGGUGCACGUCGACGCGCGGAGCCAGGCCGCCGUCGUCGGCGUCCUCUACACCGUCGGCAGCCGGGACGAAUUCCUGCACAAGUUGGAGCCAUAUAUUAUUGAGAUUGCAAACCAGAAAGGCAAGGAAAAGAUGGUGAAUGGUGGUGUGGAUCCAAAUGUGGCCAAGGGGCAGGAUACUGUGUACUAUCGCUACAUGGGCUCCUUGACCACACCACCUUGCACUGAGGGGGUCAUCUGGACCGUUGUUAGCAAGGUGCAUACCGUAUCGCUAUCUCAGCUUGCACUUCUGAAGGAAGCUGUGGUUGAUGGUAAUGAGAACAACACGAGGCCCCUCCAGGAGGUGAACAGAAGGAGCAUCGCCCUGUUCCUUCCUCUCACUCUCCUCAACACAUAA